UUCGCGAAGACCCGGCAACCCUAUAAAUAAACUCCAGAUUCUCGUGCUUUCCUUCUUCACUAAUCAAUUUAUCCAUCUAUCUCCCCUUACAAUAUUGCAAUCUUCGUUUCGUUGCGCUCUGUCUCUUUGCUCAAAAUCAAAAGAGGGAAGGAAGAAUAAAAUAAUAAUGGAUUCUUUUACUUCGUUCUUCGAUUCUUCCCGAACCCGCUGGAGCUACGAUGCUCUCAAGAACUUCCAUCAGAUCUCUCCCGUAGUUCAGAAUCAUCUCAAGCAGGUUUAUUUUACACUAUGUUGCGCUGUGGUUGCUUCAGCUGUUGGUGCUUACCUUCAUGUGCUGUGGAAUAUUGGAGGUUUACUCACUGCUUUGGCUUCCAUUGGAAGCUAUGUGUGGUUGAUGUCCACACCUCCUUUUGAAGAGCAAAAGAGGGUUACUUUGUUGAUGGUUUCGGCCCUGUUUCAAGGUGCCUACAUUGGACCUCUUAUUGAUCUGGCUAUUCAAGUUGAACCAAGCCUUAUCUUUACUGCGUUUGUGGGAACUUCCUUGGCCUUCGCAUGUUUCUCAGCGGCAGCUUUGGUUGCAAAGCGUAGGGAGUACCUCUACCUUGGCGGCAUGCUUUCUUCUGGGUUGUCUCUUCUUAUGUGGCUGCAUUUCGCUUCCUCCAUCUUUGGUGGUUCGAUAGCACUUUUUAAGUUUGAGUUGUAUUUUGGACUCUUGGUAUUUGUGGGUUACGUGAUCGUAGAUACCCAAGAAAUAAUUGAGAGGGCACACUUUGGUGAUCUAGAUUAUGUGAAGCAUGCCAUGACUCUGUUUACUGAUUUAGCUGCAAUCUUUGUGCGGAUUCUUGUUAUAAUGUUGAAGAAUUCGGUUGAGAAAAAUGAGAAAAAGAACAAGAGGAGAGAGUGAUUUUUCAGCUAUCAGCUUUGAUUGGCGUUUCGUUUGGUUGUUAAGUUUGUGUAGAUAGAUAUAUAUAAAAGCAGUUGUCACAACGUUUUCUCCACUUCAAUUUGUAUAAAGCAUAGGUUUGAGCAGACAAAAAUGUAAGAGCAGCUAGUUAUCAUGUGAUCUUUAUAGGCUCUUCCUUUUACUUGGUUGUUAUGCGUCCUAAAUAAUGAUUGGUUCCCUUGAAGUAAAUAAGAGAUGGGCAGAUUUUGGUAAGUGAAAGCGGAGAGCUUUAGUUCGUCUUCACUUUUCUUUUCUUAUUGAUAUUUGCUGGGCUAGAGUUGGUCGGUUGCUCAACGAGUAACACUUUGUUUGGAUGUUGCAAAGAAAAUUAGAGGAAAGAAAAUAAAAGGAAAAGUUGAGUUA